CUUACUCCAGGAGGGCAGGGCCAGGGCGGUGUUUGCGGAGGCCAUGGGCGGGGCGGGGCCUGCCCAGCCUGACUGUUUUCUGUGUAAAGCUGGGGCGGUGGCAGGAAAGUCUACGGCAGGGAGGGAGGCAGGGUAGUUGUUGUGGAAGGUCAAAUCCUGUCCAGGAACCCCUCCCCCUGUGGAUGCUGGGUCUGUUUCCAUCUAUAUCUCUUUCUGUGUAUCUAUCUAUAUAUUGUUUUUUCGAGGUAGGGUCCUACUGUAGCCUAGGCUGACCUGGAAUUCAAUAUGCAGUCUCAGGUUGGCCUCCAACUCACUGCGACUCUCCUACCUCUGCCUCCCAAGUGCUGGGAUUAAAGAAAUGGGUGUAACAAAAUCGAAGAGGCGGAGCCUGCAUUUUCGGAAAGAGGAUCCCCAGGUGCUGUCUUGAGAUUCUGUGAAGGAAGUUGCGGCAACUCUGGCCCCAGCCAGCAAAAUGGCAGCCACUCUGGAUUUGAAAUCAAAGGAGGAGAAGGAUGCCGAGUUGGACAAGAGGAUCGAGGCGCUUAGGCGGAAGAACGAGGCCCUCAUCCGGCGCUACCAGGAGAUCGAGGAGGACCGGAAAAAGGCCGAACUGGAGGGUGUGGCUGUGACUGCGCCCCGCAAAAGCCGUUCUGGAGAGAAGGAGAAUGUGGCAGUGGAUGUGGAGAAGAGCCUGGGUCCCUCUCGGAGGUCUCCUGGGGCCCCUCGGCCUCCCGGGGCCAGUAGAGGCCGUCGGGCUCAUCCCCAGCAGGGAGCCCAGUCAGGCUCGGGCCGAGCAUCCCGCGGCUGGGAGGACGGUGCUGGGGAGCACCCCCGGGGAGCUGGGGGCCGGGGCCGGAGGGGCCGGGGCCGGGGGUCCCCUCGUCUUUCAGGGGCAGGUGACAGCUCAGCCUCUGAUCGCAAGUCCAAGGAGUGGGAGGAACGGCGCCGGCAGAACAUCGAGAAGAUGAACGAGGAGAUGGAGAAGAUCGCGGAGUAUGAGCGCAACCAGCGGGAAGGGGUGCUUGAGCCCAACCCAGUACGCAACUUCCUGGACGAUCCCCGGCGCCGGGGUGGACCCCUGGAGGAGCCUGAGCGGGACCGCCGGGAGGGCAGCCGGCGACAUGGGCGCAACUGGGGCGGCUCUGACUUCGAGCGGGUGCGCUGCGGCCUCGAGCAGGAGCGGCAGGGUCGCAGGACAGGCCUUGGCAGUGCGGGCGACAUGACAAUAUCUAUGACGGGCCGAGAGCGGUCGGAAUACCUCCGUUGGAAGCAAGAGAGAGAGAAGAUUGACCAGGAACGGCUGCAGCGACACCGCAAGCCCACUGGCCAGUGGCGGCGAGAGUGGGAUGCCGAGAAGUCUGAUGGCAUGUUCAGGGAUGGCCCCGCCCCCGCCCCUGAACCUUCUCACCGCUAUGAUGAUCAAGCCUGGGCUCGGCCCCCGAAGCCCCCCACUUUUGGGGAGUUCCUUUCCCAGCACAAAGCAGAGGUCAGCAGCCGCAGGAGGAGGAAGAGCAGUAGACCCCAGGGCAAGGCUGCUCCCCGUGCCUAUAGUGACCAUGAUGACCGCUGGGAGACAAAAGAGGAGGCUGUGUCCCCAGUCCCUGAGGUUCCUCGGCCCACAUCCCCAGAGGAGGAGAGCUUGCUCACGAAGCAGCCUGCUGACACCCUAGCCCCUGUCCACCGGCCCCCCGAGGACGAGGGGGAGGAGGAAGAGGAGGAGGAGGAAGAUGAAGAAUGGGAGGAUGUUAGCGAGGAGGUCACCGACAACGAUGAAGUCGAGGAGGAAGAGGGUGGCAGUGAGCAAGAGGAAGAACCAGCCCAUGACCACCAACCCCAGCAGGCCCCGGUGAAGCCUACCCUGGAGGAGGUAGAUCCUAUGCCUUCCAGGCCGGAGGAGCCACUGUCCCAGGCCCCUGCGGAGCCUUUGGAGCCACCCAGCCCCUUCUCGCCUGCUGAGGACCACCAGCCGGUGUCCGACUGGGGUGAGGAGAUGGAGCUGAAUUUCCCAGGCACAGCCUGCUCACCUGGAGCCCUCUCUGUGGGAGAUGACCAGCCAGCCUUCGACUCUCUGGAGAGAGAGCCCAGCCUCCCAAGAGCCCCAAAGGCUGAAGAGGAGGGGUCUGAGGCAUCUCCAGAGGCGGACCCUGAGGGCCCGGAGACCGCCGAGAUCACCGACUUCCAGAGGGCCUCCCCGAAUUCCUGAGGAAGGAGAGCUGGUUCAUCCGGCUCCCCCCACCCCGCCGCCGGGUCCUCGCCUCCCAGCGCCGCUCUCGCGCCCGCGGCUCCAGGGUGAGGGAGAGGGGGCUGCGGG